AUGGCGAUCCGAAAUCAUCUCCUGAUAAUAUUAGUUCAUCUGUUUCUGUCACCAGUAGUAUUCUCCAGUUACAUUCCUCCCAACAUAAAAUUAUGGUGCAGGCAGACACCGUACCCGCAACAUUGCGAAUACUUCAUGAAUCACAAACAUCACUCUUCUGGUGUCAAGUCUAGGUCCGAUUUCAAAAAGUUGGCUGUGCGUAUCGCUCUGGAGCAAGCUCUCAUGGCCACAAGCAACGCCAUGUUGCUUGGACCAAAGUGCCGGAAUGAGCGGGAGAAGGUGGCGUGGGCUGACUGCCUUGAGCUCUACGACAACACCAUAAUUCGACUCAAUGAUACCAUCAACUCCAACUACGAUGAUUACAUGACAUGGCUUAGCACGGCUCUCACAAACCUCGAGACAUGCCGCACUGGAUUCGUUGAACUCGGUAUUACAGACUACAUUUUGCCUCUUAUGCCCAACAACGUCUCUGAGUUAAUUAGCAAUACUCUCGCAGUUAGUAAGCUUCCAACUGGUGAACCAGCAACAUACGAAGAUGGAUCAUGGCGGCCUAGCUGGGUGAAAGCCGACGAUCAGAAGCUCUUGCAGACAGCUUCUCGGCCGACUUCAGAGGCAGAUGUUGUGGUUGCACAAGAUGGGACGGGGGACUUCGAGACAGUUAAUGAGGCAAUGAAUGCAGCAGCAAAGCAAAAGAGGAGAGGCAGAUUGUUGAUUUAUGUGAAGGCAGGGACUUACAGAGAGAAUGUGCAGAUAGGAAAGAAGCUGAAAAAUAUCAUGCUUAUUGGUGAUGGCAUGGGAAAGACUAUAAUCACCGGAAGCAAGAGCGUCAGGGGAGGCUCUACUACCUUUAGCUCUGCUACCGUUGCGGUUUCAGGAGAUGGAUUUAUUGCUCGUGACAUUACAUUCCAAAACACUGCUGGGCCGGAGAAUGGGCAGGCAGUGGCUCUACGCUCCGGGUCGGAUCUCUCGGUGUUUUACCGAUGUGGCUUUGAAGGAUAUCAAGACACUCUUUAUGUCCAUUCUGAAAGGCAAUUUUAUAGGGAAUGUGAUAUAUAUGGCACGGUUGAUUUUAUAUUUGGUAACGCAGCCGUUGUCUUCCAGAAGUGCAACAUCUAUGCUAGGAGGCACAGCAUAAUCACGGUAACGGCACAGGGUCGGAAUGACCCGAACCAGAACAGUGGUAUUGUGAUACACAAUUCUAGAGUAAUGGCAGCUUCAGACCUAAAACCAGUACAGAGCUCGGUCAAGGCAUACCUUGGGAGGCCAUGGAGGCAAUAUUCUCGAACUGUCUACCUCAAGACAUUUCUUGAUAGCUUGAUCCAUCCAGGCGGUUGGUUGGAAUGGAAUGAAAAUUCUGCUCUUAAUAAAUUGUACUAUGGAGAGUACCAGAACACCGGCCCUGGUUCAUCGACGGCAAACCGAGUUAAGUGGGGUGGUUAUCACAUCAUAACCACUUUAUCCGAAGCAUCUACCUUCACCGUGGAGAAUUUCCUAGCAGGUGAUUCAUGGUUACCGGUGACCGGUGUGCCUUUCACUUCCGGCCUAUGA